UUUGUCAGUGUGGGGAUUCUUUCAUUAGAAAAGGCAGUCACAGGAUUUUUUCGCCAGACAUUGGAUAAUACCUGGAUUCAUUAUGUUAACAAGAAGAUACAGCAAUACCAAAUUACGGAACAAGGACAAGAUGGGUGCUGAGAAAACCAGUUUCUGUGUAGUGAAGUACAUCUUCUUCGCCUUCAAUGUGUUUAUCUGGCUGAUGGGAUGUGGGGUGCUUGCCCUGGGAAUAUGGCUGCAGUUCAACCGUGGCCCGUUCGUGUCCAUGCUUCCUGCGUACAGCUUCCUGAGUGCAUCUGCACUGUGCAUCACAGCCGGCGCUAUCAUCCUGAUCGUGGGGUUCCUCGGGUGCUGUGGAGCCUUCCUUGAAAACCAGUGCAUGCUGAUCGGGUAUUUUGUGAUGGUGCUGCUCAUCUUUGCCCUGGAGAUCACAGCUGGAACCCUGGGAUUUGUCAAGAAGGCCGAGGUGCAGAUGAUGAUAAAGAAGGAGUUACUGGCCAGCAUCCGCCAUGACUACACCCCAGCCUUGCAGGACCCCAACACAGACGGCUGGAUGGAGAUCAUCGACUCCCCUACACUACAGUGUUGCGGAGUGGAUAACUUCACAGACUGGUACCACAUCAAGGCGUGGCCAGAGGCCAUGCGAGUACCAGACUCGUGCUGUCUACAUCCUGUAGAGUUCUGCGGGAAACUUGACAAGUCAUUCUGGUUUGAGAGGGGCUGUCUCGGAGAGAUCGAGUACUGGUUUGUACGAAACAUGUACAUACUGGGAGUGGUCGGAAUUACAGUGGGCGUCAUACAGAUUCUGGCAAUGGUUGCCGCUGUCGUUUUAUUCUGUUAUCUUCGAAGUAAGAAGUUUAUGCUGUAACCUCGGAGACUAUUUCAUAAAAAGUGCAUUUACCAUAAAAAAGAUACUUCCGUGUUCAUCAACGCGCCAAAGAUUCCUUUCCCAGAUUGCCUGAUUGUACCUCAGACAACCACCCACCAUGAAUUUCCUUCAGCAACGAUCUGUAGAUUGGGAGAGUUACCUCCCUUUUGCUCAUGGAAUACUGCAAGUCAGGAAAUUAAUGUGUCACCAAAUUAAUUCAUGUUUCAACACCAAUGGAGCCAGCAUGAGAGUAAUUGAACAAUAUCAUUUACUUUCUUUAUGAAUGAACCUUCCCUGCUUGGGAUUGAUCAGUUCAACUGACAAAAAUAGUGAAUAGGCCAAAUGUUUUUUUAAAUGCAUUAUGUAUUCUCCACAACUAUCGUUACUGGAUUUGACAUUUUCGUAAGUGUGUUGUUAUCAUGACAUGACUUCACAAUUGAAUAUGUCCAGACAGUAGCUCAUCACCUUAUAUUAAUCAAAGGACACUCACAUUUUUCACGUUAAUUUCUUGAUUUACUGUAUAUAAUCCAAAUUAAGAACAUUAUUUUGGAAGGGAUUUCUUUCAAAACACCUUUUACCUUCAUAUGUUUAGAACAAGACUUUUUAGUCUAAUAGUUUUUACACCAUGUGUAUCAUAUUUACUGUUAAUGCGCCCAUAUUUUAAAUGGUUGCAGAAAUUUUAAUUUAUGGUUGAGCCAAAAUUUACCCCAUCAUAGUCUUCAGAAGAGAUGUGUGUGUGUGUGAGUCAUUGUCAGAAUGUUCUAUGUGGUUGUGUUGUGGGAGAUUGUAUCAGGACACCGUGUAGUUCCAUCUCUGGAUAUGCUCAAGCAUAAUGUCUGGUAGAUACAUGUACUGAAUAUUAUAUGUCAUCAGCUGCCCCUUGUAUAUACAUAUUGAGAUAUUAUAAUAACCGUGUUCCAUGUGUCAAAUGUCUACAGAGUUAAACUUCAAAAGGUGUUCUCAAUACACAAAAUGUUUACAAAAUGUUUACCAACUAACCUUUGUCAUUUUUCUAAACAAUCUGCUCCUGAUAUUACUCUAGAGUCUGCUAUUUAAACCUAGUCAAUACAUUUGUUGGUUGUCUUUGCUGCAGACAAACGAGUAGAAAAUCUACUGACUAACAUCAGCACUACAUUUCACACUAUAUGACACCUUUUUCACAAUUGUGGGAUUUUAAUUUGUUUCUAGUUGAAUUUGUAAGCUGAUAUAGUCAUUUAUAUUUUCCUCGACCUUCUACAUUAAAUUACUGGUUCCUAAGAAUUUUCCUUAAACUACUAAUACAAGUAAAAGGGCUUACAUUUGAAAAGGUAUUUAUAGCUUGUUGGAAAGAAAUUUCUGGAUGUUGUCUUUAAUAAAUGACACAGUUUGGCUUUCACAUUAUAUAGUGGGAGUUAAAAGGAUUCAUCACUUAUUACAUUGAAUACGGUACAUUUUGUUUAUUUAAGUGAUCACAAAUAACCUGCUCAACAUUUCAUGUUAGAAUCACAUGUUUAUGUAGUAGAUAUAUGAUGACUUACAUUAGAUUUUGCUGAGGCUACAUACCGCAACCAUCUUGUAACUUGUAAUAUCAGUCCUUCAGAAAACUACUUGUAGGAAAUGAACAAAUGCUUUUUUAUGUCAACCUGAAAUAUUAAAAGGUGAUGUCAAAAUAAAUUUUGUUUAUACUGACUUGGGAAUACCUAGUACCUUUAUAUCAAUUUUUUUAUUAAUUAUAUUGGCUGAAUUUCUUUUGGAAAAUCUUGUGUAUGUUAAAUUCCAAGAAACUUUGCCCACAUAAUCGUUUAGGCCUCAGAUGACUGUUGUUCCAUUACUGUAACUCUGUGUUACGAUGUUAACUCUGUGUUACGAUGUUAACUCUGUGUUAGCAUGUUAACUCUGUGUUACGAUGUUAACUCUGUGUUAGCAUGUUAACUCUGUGUUAUGAUGUCAACUCUGUGUUACAAUGUUAACUCUGUGUUAGCAUGUUAACUCUGUGUUACGAUGUUAACUCUGUGUUAGCAUGUUAACUCUGUGUUACGAUGGCAUUGUUAAACCCAACCAUGAACGUCAAUUGGUCAAUGAAUAAGCACGUACUUAAAAAAUGUUAUUUUAUGGUUUUCUUAAUGGUUAGCUGUAGAUGUCAAAAAGGAUCCCAAAUUCUUGUUUCUGCUCCUGUUAAGAUGAAGACAUUCCAAGGGGUAGCACCUGCUUGAAUUUACCUGCAGCAUUCGUGACAACUAAUGUUUGUGAGAAUCAAAUAUAUAAAUGGCAUUUUGUAAAUACUUUGUGUCACGUACAGUGGAUCUGAAAUCAUUUUAUUUGAAUAUGCUGAUAUUAUAAGGUGACUUAUAUAUGCAAAAGUUGACAAUCUCAUGAAUGUGGUUAAUAAAAUGCAUAUUCUACACUUAAUUCAGAAUGUAGUAAGGAAAAUAUUAUUGGAGUAGCAUAUCGUCCACUGUCAGUUAGUCCAUAGUGCCAGUACAUUUGUUCAAUUUGUACCAUUAUUCUUUUGGAGAGUGUAAAAUAUAAAAAACAAUUUAGAAUUGUAAAUUCUUUUACUAAUCUUUAUGAUCCAUCGUGCGAGGACUGUUGUAAAUAUUGUAAAUAGCCACCAUGACUGAUAUUCCUAUAUUAACCUCACUGCCUCCGUAGGUUUGAUUAAUUGUAUUAUGCAAUUAAAUAGUGCUGCAGCAUUAGCGUACAUCUUGACUGCAACCUGGAAGUGUGUUUCCAUUAAUUUAUUAUAAUUUUCAUUUGAAUUUAUAAUUUCCUUAAGUUCCAAAUUGAGCUGUGUUAACUUACUGUAUGCUGAUGUGAGUUAACCCAGCACGGGCAGUAGGGUGGUUCGGUUGCUGAAGCUUUUGCCUAUCCAACCUAUGACCAGGUCAAGUUCCCUAAACAGGUAAACUGGAUGAAACCCAUUCCUGGUUUCCCCUUACCCAUUAAGGCUGGAGUUUUGAAAAUGUGGCAUCAGCUAAAUGGCAUUGUGGUAAAUCAGUCAGAACAAACUUGAUAGGCAUACAAUCUGUUCCAUGUUGGUACUUUAUGUUAUGUUGAGACAAAAGGGCAUUGUUUCUGAGAGUAUCAAAGUAUUGUAUACCAGUAUUUGAUGGACAGCUGACUAACUUUAUGUAGACUUUGUACACUAGAAUUCUGUAUUUGCUGGUCAAAUAUUAUUCAUUUAUAGCAACACAACAUUAAUGAAAGGGAAAUGGCACCAACUUCACUAAUUAUUUGUCAUUGGAAAUUAAAAACUGAACCUUCAAGUUGAAGUGAGACAUUGAAGAUGUUUGCCUUACAACAGGUAUUCACGUUUCAGUUUUAUUCAGUUUUAACUAUCAAUUUAAUGAUAGUUACAUAAUGUCAGAUGAGGUUCGAAGUCUCUUUAAAUAUAUGAGAAAAAAUGCUGGUUAGCAAUUUGAAACAAUGUAUUAUUAUGAAUUAUUAUUACUGGAUACCACUGAAGAAAAACAAUUUAAGAAUCAGUUGUAAUGCAACUACUACAUUGUUUCAAUAAAACAACAUGAUCCUUUACGCCAAUAGGAAGUAAACAUGACAACCAAGUCAGUUAUUACUUCAGGAUUUUCAUCAUGUUCUCUUACAUGGUUUAUUAUUAACAUUUUUUACAAAAUUUCUUUACAUUUUUAUGCUUGAAAACCAUCACAUUCCAUGCAUCAUUUAGGUCCUCUUUUUCCAAGCUUUAUGGUUUCGAAGUUCAUUUAUGAUUCAUACCAGACUAUGACUGGAGGUGCUUCUUUUACAUGCGAUUUCGCAGUGCUUUUGUUAUCUGCUGCAAUGCUGAGAAAGUGUUCUUGUAAUCUUAAAAUUCAUACUUUAAGGAUAGAAGAACAAGGCACUAACAGUUGAUAUGUUUAAAUGUGACAUUUCAUGCAUGUAUACUAAAUAUAUAUGCUGUGUUCGCUGUAUAACUUGCCCACGUACCAUGUUUCAGAUUUGUAUAUCAUCUUUCUAAGCACCCAUGUUAAUAUUUUUCUACGCAUGCUGGUCGUUUAUUAUGGCAAAUAUGGUACGUCAUGUCAUUAUGAGCACAAUUUUUCAAAAUGAAAUAGCUUGUCAAACUUUAAAUAAAGAUGUGCAGAUAUCACAAGAUGUGCAACAGUCAGUGUUUGAAGUAGAGUUUAAUUAUCACAUUAACUAAAUAGAACUUGGGUGGUGGGGUAGCCAAGUGGUUAAAGCAAUCGUUUGUCACCUGAAGAUUUAAGUUCUAUUCCCCACAUGGGUACAAUGUGUGAAGCCCAUUUCUGGUGUCCCCCCACCGUCAUAUUGCUGAAAUAUUGCUAAAAGCGGCGUAAAACUAAACUAAACUCACUUAAUAGACUUUGGGAACCAAGAACACAGCUGUUUUGAUCGGAGGUUGUAAUUGUCAUUUGAUUGCCCAUGAUUGAUCAAUCAGAUUGUGUAUUAUCCAGUUACAGUAGAAUAAUGAUUACAGUUUAUCUUUGUAACAUAUUUCUCUUUUAACAUGCUACUUGCACUGAUUUCAAUGAGCAUAUGAUAUGAAAAUAAUAAAUGCAGUUGAGUUUUCUUCCAUUUCCAGAAAAGCUUAAUUUUUAGCACGAUCAUAACACACACAAAUGAACUCUUUAUCAUCUGGUCACACUGUAACCUGAAUGUCGAUAUCAGCUGAGCUGAUAUCACCUUGUUUUUGUAACUGUGUUACAAAGAGUAGUGUCUAUUGUAUAAUAUCAUCCUGGAUAGUUCAGUUCCACUACUAAUGUUUUUGCAAGAAUAAUAUAUUUUCUUGUUUUAUAGAGAUGAACAGUAAUUCUGAAAAAGUAAAGUGAAAUAUCAUUUGUGUUAUUUUUGCCCGAAAUGAUACUUUCCUUAAAAAGUAAAUGAAAAUGUAGAAAGUGUGUUGAAUUGAAAUUUUGUUGUUUUUAAUUUAUCUCUUACUGUUAUUUCAAUAUAUAUUUCUUUUUAGUGAUGUAACCUUAGCUUCAGCCAAAAAUUAAUUUGCCCACGAACCAGAAAGAAAAUAUGUGAAAUUAGGAAGGUUUGGUUUAAUUGAUUGUGGAAUUUCUGAACUUGCCUGAUUAGAACUGCAUGUGUUUUUUAUGUAGAUGUAGCAUGGAAUCUCUCUAUUUGAACGUGUAUAUGUUAAUGAGGCAUACUGUAUUUGACCCCACUGUUUUUCCAACCCAGCAAUACCUACUAUAGAGCAUGUUUUUGAUUAAUGUUAUCUGUUUCAUGUUUGUACAGCACAGUUAUUGUAUAUGUGACCCAUCUUAUAAGAAUCAGAUAGUUUACUCCAACACAUUACCUUUCACUGUCAAGCAGAGAAGUGUUAUGUUGAAGUAGAAGAUUUGAUUUUCUCGAGAUUGAAUGUGACCUCAUGUAUUUUGUAAAUUAAGAAUUUACUAUGUACUUUUUUGUCAAAAAUGAAUUAAAAUGAUGUACACAACAAUA